AUGGUCCGCUCCCUGGUCGACGUAGAAGAAGAACUGUACCGUCUCUGGUCUCUCGUCGGCGAGUUAUCAGAACAACUGUCCAACAACAGGGCGCUCGUCACACAGCUCAAAGCUAGGGCAGAUAAUGUUCAAGGCCAGGCAGUGCACGUUGGCACCGGAUUCCCUCUCAGACGAUUCAAUGUCGAUAUAUCUGCCGAGGAGUUCCAAACUGAACUCGAGGCCUUCUCUUCUCACCUCGUACUCGAGAACCAACAACUGCAACAUGAAAACAAGCAGCUGAAUGCGCUGCUGAAAGAAUAUGAGCAGACGCUCGAGACGGUGAUGAGCAAGUUCCGAGGUGUUGCUCAUACAUCUCAGCAACACGAUCUUUCCCUCCACUCCUACUACACCCAUCUUCUCCAAACUCUGCAAACCGCCCACUCUUCCGCCCAAUUGCACGAUUCCACUUCCCUCUCUCUCCUUCUCAACCGGCUGUCGACUUUGCUGAGGUCUGCUUUGCGGUCGAUGCAAGGAGAAGACACUGGCGUCGAGGAACAAGAGGACAUUGGGGCGAUGGGCAAGGCGAUCGAGGAGGCGGAGCGGGUUCUUGCCGGGGAGGGCUCUUCUGCGUUGGACCCGCCUGCGCCUGAUGGGAGUUCGAGGGGCCCGUCCCCUACCUCCCAGCCAUUACCAUCACAAUCAGCCAAGACUCUCCCUCGCGCGCCGCACAGACCUCCCCAUUUCCCCGGGUUCCUCCCUGGCUCUUCGGGGGGAUACGCCGGCACCGAAGGUCAAGCCGACUGGGCACUCGAACGGGAGAUGGAGAUACUUCGGCUGGAGGACGAGAACCGUCAAUUGCGAGAGAUGCUCGGUAUUGCAGAAGAAAGCAAGCUGCCUUUGCCUUUGGAGCAGGAAGUGGUGGAAGAAGGCAAGGAAGGGGAAGAAGAGGCGCACAGGCGGAAGAGCUCGUUGACAGUGGAAGAGCUGGAAGCGGAUGCGACAAUGGAGGCGGAAAGGAUUGACGCGCAGGCGGAGAUGGGACUGGAUAUAGAUCAGCUGCAGAUCAGGCCCGAUGAGGACGUCAGGGCAGAAGAUGCGGCGCCGAGGAGACCGCUGCUCGUGCCGAGCGUGCUGGGUUUCGAGACGGAUACGCCCCCACCCGAAUCAGCUAUUGUAGAUGAACUGGACGGAGAGGGAGAUGGGGUGGCGCCGUUAGAGAAGGCAGAGUCGAGCUAG